CGCAGUUUCUACCGUACAGAUUCAUGAACAUCCACUCUUGCUGUUUUUUUUUCGUUUACGCUCAUCCACACCAUCUACAGAUCUACCAAUCGCCAUCCCUGGUUUGUUGCUCAUAUGCCAAAAUGUGAAUAUGAUGAUGCCGUACAGGUGCUGCCUCUGCAAAUGUGCUGACAGGUUAACUGGGAGAUACCGGGGAAUCCUUGCAGGACAGUGCGUCUCACAGGACGUUCAUGCUUUUAACCUUUGACUAGCAGCGAAUGACAAACCAAAGCUCGGUGUCUAUGAGCUGAGCCGGGGUUUAAAGCGCAUCUACACCACGGCACAACACGGCGCUCCCAGGGGGGAGAAUGAUAGAAAGCGCUCUGAAAGUUGGUCGAUAGCGGCGGAGAUAGCUUCAGUGUCGGCAGAGGAAGCAGCGGCGGCGGCGGCGGCGGCGGCGGCGUCACACUGGCAGGCUCCAGAGCGGCCACCCUUGGACCGAAGGCAGGCCCGCUGAGAGAGGAGGACUGCAGCACCAUGGACAGCUCAGAAAUGGAUGCCAAUUAUGGCGGAGGACUGUUGGAUAUGGUGAAGGGAGGAGCGGGAAAGUUCUUCAGCAACUUCAAGGACAAUCUGAAGGACACGUUGAAAGACACCUCCACCAAGGUCAUGCAUCAGGUUGCCACAUACACUAAAGGGGAGCUGGACAUUGCCUACAUUACAUCACGGAUCAUAGUGAUGACCUACCCUGCCGAGUCCGUGCAGAUUGGCUACCAGAACCACGUAGAGGACAUUCGGUCCUUCCUCGACAGCCGCCAUGCUGACCACUACACUGUCUUUAAUCUAUCUCAGCGCAACUACCGCGGCGCCAAAUUCUCCAAUAGGGUUUCAGAGUGUAAUUGGCCUUCUCGCCAGGCUCCCAGCCUCCACAACCUGUUUGCCGUGUGUAAGAACAUGCACAACUGGCUCAAACAGAAUCCCAAGAAUGUGUGUGUCAUCACCUGCUCGGAUGGCCGUGCUCUCUCUGGUGUUUUGGUUUGUGCCAUGUUCUGCUUCUGCCACCUCUUCAACAACCCAGUUCCUGCCAUGCAGCUACUCAGCGCCAAGAGACCAGGUUCCGGCCUCUGGCCCUCACACCACAGGUAUAUAGGCUAUGUGUGUAGCAUGGUGUCAGAGAAGCCCAGUCUACCCCACUCCAAGCCCUUGAUGAUCAAGGGUCUCACCAUAACUCCUGUCCCCUGCUUUAACAAGCAGCGCAACGGCUGUCGGCCCUUCUGCGACGUCCUCAUCGGAGAGACGAAGAUCUUUACCACUUCACAGGAGUAUGAGAGGAUGAGAGAGCACAGGGUCCAAGAGGGUAAGAUCGCUUUUCCUCUGGGUGUGAGUGUGCAAGGAGACGUCAUUGUUUCAGUCUACCACAUGAGGUCAACCAUCGGAGGACGUCUGCAGGCCAAGGUGUCCAACACCCAGAUCUUCCAGAUACAGUUCCACACUGGCUUCAUUGCGCCUGGUACCACCAUGUUAAAGUUUAACAAACCAGAGCUGGAUGCAUGUGACUCUCCUGAGAAGUAUCCCCAGCUUUUCCAUGUAAUACUGGACGUGGAGGUGGAGGGGGUGGACAAGCAAAAGGACCUGACGCCACCGUGGGAGCAGUUCCCCGUUAAAGACCUCAACCCCAACGUGCUCUUCUCCUGCCACCAGGAGCACCAGGACGCACUGGCUAUUGCUGAUGAGAUGGAGGGAUUGGAUCUGGAGGAGCCAAGUCGGCCCCACGGAGGUCCAGACGGUCGGGGCCACGGGGAAGAGAGCGAGCCCUCGGAUGAUGAUAUGCUCUCUCUCUCCAGCCAGCGAAGCAACGCCAGCACGGCCCCCCAGAAACCCGACCCUUCUGUGCCGAUGCCUGCCGCCUCUGCACCCGCUGAAGAAAUGGAUCUUCUUGGCCUCGAUGGGGAGGAGAUCAACUGUCCUUCAUCUCAGCCCCCGUCUUCUGCAGCCGCAACCACUGACCUCCUAGGGGACUUGUUCGGGGGCCCACCCCAGCCAACCAGUGGGGCAUCAUCUGCCCAGUCCACACCACAGAAAGUAGUCCUAAAUACUGCCUCGCCAUGUCCCUCUCCUGCACCAUCAGGUUUUGAUCCCUUUGGGACGGGUCCCAUUCCUAAGCCUCAGGACAUGAUGGGUUCAUUCCUUGGACCAGGUAACGUGGGGCAGCCAGACCCCUUCCUGCAUGCUGCACGCUCUCCAUCACCCACCCUGCAGCCUACAAGCUUGGGCCGGAGUUCCCCAGUCCCGCCCGCCACCCCAAUCGUCAACAUUCAGCAGCUAAACGCAAAGGGAGGAUGGGACUGGAACAGACCAGCUACCACAAGCACAGGAGCAGGCUUUGGUAUGGGCAGUCGGUCAGCGACUACCAGCCCUACAGGCUCGGUCCACAGCACCCCUACUCACCAAACCCAGCCAAACACCCUAGACCCGUUCGCUGACUUAGGCAACCUUGGGGGAAGCCUUGGAGAAGGUUCUGGCUUUUCCAGCAAACCCACCACUCCUACUGGAACUGCCCCUUCCGUCCCUCCCAUGGGCUCCCCAUCGCGACCUCCUCCGUCACCCCAGCAUGCAGAAGGGUGGCAGUCCCACACAGGAUCCAGCUUCCCCUCGUGGCAGCCAGGUGCUGGAGGUGGUGGCGGAUGGCCACACCAAGGACAGGGCCCUGCUUCACAGCCAAAGCCCAGCCCCAGCCACACCCCCAUGCCUCACACAUCGCCCCAGAACCGACCCAACUACAAUGUCAGCUUCUCUGCAAUGGGAGGGGGCUCCCCCAGCGCAGGGGGUAAAGUACAGGCUGCCAUGGGUUCUAAGCCCAAAGCCUUUAAUGCCAACUUUGAUGACCUGCUGUCUGGUCAGGGCUUUGCUGGGGCCAAAGAGAAGAAAGGGCCCAGGACUAUAGCAGAGAUGAGAAAGGAGGAGAUGGCCAAAGAGAUGGACCCUGAGAAAAUAAAGAUUCUGGACUGGAUCGAGGGAAAGGAGCGUAACAUCCGUUCUCUACUGUCCACCAUGCAUACUGUGCUGUGGGAGGGAGAGACGCGCUGGAAGCCUGUGGGCAUGGCUGACCUGGUUACUCCAGAACAGGUCAAGAAGGUCUACCGCAAAGCUGUCCUGGUCGUCCACCCAGAUAAGGCGACAGGACAGCCCUAUGAACAAUAUGCCAAGAUGAUUUUCAUGGAACUAAAUGACGCCUGGUCAGAGUUUGAUAGCCAAGGACAAAAACCCCUCUACUGAAUAAAUAGUCAGAGGAAGUGAGCGAGGAGAAGUUGUCCCUCCUGAUUAUGUCAUCCAAUCCUAAAAAUGUGUCCCCACCUCUUGUCAACAUACUACAGCCGCACCCUACAACAUCUGCCUUUAUACCUGUGCUUUGACCCGUACUUCUCUUCUCACCACAAACAAACACAGAACAUCCAGAUGAUCUGCAAAGUCGGAAAAAAAGACUUACAGAACUCCAGUGACCAACAGUGUGACUGAAAAAAGGACUCCCCCGUAGCUAAAAUGUACCUACCUAAGGUAUGCGUGUGGUGCAACGUAGCCCUUCAUUGUUGAGUGUCCUUAGCACUGAAACAAACCCACCAAUCAAAGCAGAGUCACCAGCACGUCUGGAAAUAACAAAAGAAGAGACAGAUCAAAAGAGAGCGAGAAACUGUGGUCAAACGAGAUAAGAGAAAAACACGUCAGGGAGUAAACUGAUCAAGCAUUUCACAGACUUCUCUAAAUAAGGAAAUAAGAGUGUCAGAUAGUCCAUAGGACACAAAUAAGCAUUUAACAUCAAUCAAGCCACUUACCCACGAAACAUUAUGUUGUACUUUGUGUGGAAAUUGAAUCCAUGAUCAGUUCUUUCAUAUCAAAUUCACGCUUUUUUCAUGGAAUUGAAUGUUCUUAGAAGAACAGAUAAGAACAGCGGCGUUAAGUUGCGAUGUGUUUUUUACUUACAAACCGGUUUUCAAUCCAAAACAAGCUGUUUGGAGGUACACAUUAACAAUAAAAUUUAAAAAAGUGCAAAAAGAAUGAAAGCAAACUGCUUUUACCACUUUUGACUGUAACUGAUUACAGGUUGGCUUCCAUCUCCAUUAACCUUAUUUAUUAAGUCUGCUGAGGAGAAUUGGAAAUGUAAAUGACGGGGCUCUACAAUAAAAACACACACCAGAGGUUGCUACGAUUUCAGUUUCUGAGUUAAUAUUCAUAUGACAGAUUAACAAAAAGGUGUUUGUACUGUAGGUGAAUGAUUUUUCAUUGGUGUGUCUGAUGUCAUAAAGCCUUGUGUGUUUCCAUGACUGCAGGGAACUGAGGAUUGUAUACUGUAUUUUAGGAUGAGCACAUGUACAGUUCCAUACAUGAAGCACCUCGAGUGUACUCACUCAUACAGUAAUAUGUAUUUUUGCAAGGGAGCUCUGUGAAAGCACAAACUUUGACUCGGUACUGCUUUGAAGGAAAGCACUUGUUAUUUAUAUGUUCAUCUUAGUUUUGCUGUUUUGUUUAUCAGACCUGCUGCAUUAUUGUGGUUUAAAUAAACAGCACAUGUCAACUUAUUUAAAGGACAUGUUUGGGAUAUUUUAGACCCUUAUAGUUUUAACUCAUUAACUGAGUGUCAAGCAAAACACGGGAAUCAUUUGUAAGACUAUAUCACCAUUUCUGAGUGCGUAACCUUUUAUAAUCUGCAGUAACGUUUUCCAAACAACAGAAGUGACGCUUGUGUGCAGCUCAUCUGUCGUCAUCCUCAUCGUUACAAACUUCCCACAAUGCAAAAAGAAUCGUGGGUUGAUUUUGCUGAGACUCGAAAUGUUCUCAUACUGUUAGAUGAUAUAUCGUAAUGAUUGAAUUAUGUGCUUUACUCUAUCUCACUUUAUCAUGUAUCAAAUUCUUCAUUUCACUCAGACCCUACAUAUAUUUGCUGUCAUUACAACAGUGAUUUGCAAUGAUUGCAACAUGUUUUUUUUGUUAAAUUACUUCAUGUCAUUUGUUUACGUUUGUGACAUUUCUGUCGCAGCACUGACACUUUUAUUUAUAAUGAUCAUGCAGCUUUUGGUCUGGAUGAGUAAUACUGACAUUAUUUCAUAUCAGCACACAUGGCCGUAUAUGUUGCAGGUUUGUAAUAGUUUAAAUCUAGAAGAGAUGUGAAUUCUCUUCAAAUAAUUUCACUGAUAAAUGGAAACGGACUCCUAACAUUUUCUCCUUGUGGAAAAAGUAUUUCACACUCCUGGGACGAAGUCCAUGGGCAAAUGACAAACAUGCAAAAACAAAACAAAAUGGAUCUACUGAUUAGCAAGUAGAAACUGAAGCAAAUCUUAAUUUCUUAUAGGAGUUUGAGGUUGUCACAGGAAACUAAUAUGAUCUUAUAACAUCCUUCUAACAACAGAGCUUUACUGUAAAGAGCUGUUCUAUUCUGUUAUAAAUCCAUUUUCACACUUGCAUAUUUAGCAGAAUAUUUGCCUUUAUAUUUUCUUGAACUUAUUUAUUUUGUUUUCAUUCUGUCAUUCUCUCUGUUUUGGAGGUAUAGAUUUGUUUAACCAUUUUAAUGGUUUUCCCGUUGUUGGACUUCAUUAUUACCCAGAAUUUCCAGUUUGUUCAUCUGUGUUGAAGAUGUUGACUACACUGACUUAUGACUGCUAUAAAGCGCUGUUUUGUCAACUGGACAGAGCAUCUUGACUAAAAUGGGUCCCAGAACAAGACUCUUGGUCUCAUGUUGAAAAUGUUAAACUCUGAUGUAGAGGCCACUGCUUUCUUAUCAAACACAGGAAGUAUGUAGUAUGUGCUUCUGUGUUCUAUUGAGGACCUACAUGUGAAAAAACCCUCAUAAGCUCCCUCGCUGACUGAAUUCUCUAUCUGAAAUCGUAUGGCUAUGUUAAAAAGCUAACCUCUGUAUAUUGUAGUCAAUGGAUGUGUGUUGUUUGAAGUUGUUGUACGUAUGAAUACAGAACUGGAUACAGACUACUGUGCGUUAUGUGUUUGCCUGUCUGCUGUUCAAGUAUUACUAAACUGUGUAAACAUUAUGUUCAUGUGUUCCUUUUCAGGUCUGUUUACCAUUACAGGAUGUACAUAAUGAUCAAGUGCGGUGCACAAAAAUAAAUAGUAAACAGAAAACAGAGGCAGCAUUCAUCAGA